AUGUCCGAAUCGACCCACGUUCCGGCUCUGUUCACACCUGUUCGCGUUGGGGACCUCAAGCUCCAACAUCGUGUCGUCCUUGCGCCGCUGACGCGUUUCCGUAAUCAUGGAGACUUUGUCCCCGGGCCUCUGCUUGCGACUUACUACAGCCAGCGUGCAAGCACGCCUGGCACGCUGCUCAUCAGUGAGGGUACCGUUAUCGCUCCGCAGGCAGGCGGUUGGCCCCAUGUUCCGGGGUUGUGGUCGGAGGCUCAAACGUCCGAGUGGAAGAAGAUCACCGACGCCGUGCACGCGAAAGACUCCUACAUAUUCGCCCAGAUCUUCGCUGUCGGCCGCGUUGCACAGCCCGCCGCCCUGGAAGAGCACGGGUUUGAUGUCGUCUCUCCGUCUGAGAUUCCCUUCACUGGCAUGGACGGCACCACCACGACCCCGCGCGUGUUAAGCGUACCCGAGAUCAAGGAGUACGUACAACUCCAUGUCAAGGCUGCGCAGAACGCAAUCGCAGCCGGGUUCGAUGGCGUGGAGGUGCAUUGCGCGAAUGGGUAUUUGAUCGACCAGUUCCUGCAGGAUACGGUCAAUAACCGCACAGACGAGUACGGGGGAAGUAUCGAGAAUAGGGCGAGGUUUGCGCUCGAUGUGGUGGAUGCCGUUUCACAGGCGGUGGGACCAGAGAGAGUCGGCGUUAGGGUCAGCCCGUGGAACGCAUUCCAAGAUAUGGGUAUGAAAGAUCCAAUCCCGACGUUCACCUACUUCGCAACAGAGCUCAAGAAGCGCUCAGUUGCUUACAUCCACGCUACAGAGCCCCGCGUCGCCUAUCUUCACGGCGGUGUUCAGCCCGCUUCAGGCGGUGAACAUGACAGGACGACAGGGUCAAAUGACUUCCUCCGCAAAAUAUGGGGAGACCGCCCUUACAUUGCCACCGGCGGCUACACCCGCGAGAGUGCUCUCCAAGUUGCAGAGACGAAGGGCGGACUGAUCGCGUUCGGACGGUUGUAUAUAUCCAAUCCUGACCUCCCUCGCCGUCUGAAGGAGAACCUUCCGCUGACACCCUCGGACCGCUCCAAGUUCUACCUUGUGGGAAACUUGACGCCGGAGGGCUACACCGACUGGCCGUUUGCAGAUGAAGUCGUGCAUUAG